AUGUGGGUUCUGGAGAAGAUCAGAGAGAGCAUGGAGAGCAUACCUCUAGAGGUGAAUCGUUACAUUACAAAGAGCGAAGAGGACAUUUUCUCACAGACUCUGCACAGCAACAUCAUAACCCCUGGAAACAUCCCAGAGUUUUGCCUGCCUCCACGACUUUGCAAGAAAAGUUCACUGCCAGAUUAUGAAGAGGCCUCAUCAAACCUCCUCUUUCAGGACCAGUUGCCUAUGAGCAGCUCUUCUUCAAACGCAGCAAAGACACGGGAUGUAAAGGUAAAGAAAGAUGUUGCUCCAGUACCUUGGAAGGCUACAAAGAAGCCUUUACCAUUCUCUGCAGAGAAUUACGGCUUGGCCGGGAUAUAUGAGAGCCCCAACACAAGACGGAAGGAGUCUUUGUUCCACACAAAAAACCCUAUUUACAUGCUUGAAAGGAACAUUUGUGCUACUACACCAAAGAUGGCAAGGGAGGUAAAUUUCUCCAAAAAAGUGUCAUCUGGAUUUCUCCCUCUGAUUUCAUGCAAAAGCUCAUCCGAAGCAGCGACCCCGGAAAGUGAAACACCUUCCUCUGAUGACUCUUCUUCUCUUUGUUCUCCUUGCAGUGCCAAAUCCUCCAACUUUGCUCCCUGUAAACGUCUCAAAGAAACUGUAUCUUGUCCAUCUUUGAUUGACAGAAAAGAGGUGAGAGCGAGAUGGGAGGAAGCACUGGGCAUGACGACUUCACUCUGCAAACGAUCAAGCUUAGGGAAGAAUUUGUUUACUUUAGCCCCACCUGUAAUCUCUCCACUGGAUGUGCUGCAUUGUCAGGAGAAGCUUCAGUGUGAACAAAUCCUUCCUUUGCAGGGCCGUGGUCAAGUGCGGCUCUCUGCUGAGCACAUUAUAUCGUCCACCAGCACGCUCUCAGGUCUCACUACCAUCAGAGUGCGUGUUGUAUCUGUGGAGGGCCUCUGGGACUCCACUGAGUGUGUUGCCCCGAAUUGUGCAGUGAAUCUGUGUUUGACACCUGGGAAGCGGCAGCAGCAGGAGAGCGCCAUCAUCAGGAAAUGUCACAACCCUGUGUUCAAUGAAGAUUUCUUCUUCACAGAGCUGAGUCAGGAGGAUCUGCUGGCGCUGAGCCUCAAAUUAAAAGUUGUAGAUAAAUCUGCUGCCGGAAAACUGAGGAGAGGAACAAUGAUUGGACUGGUCAGUCAACCACUGUCAUUGUUGCUUCCUGCAACCAGUGAAGAAAAGCAGCAGGAAAUAUGA